GUGCCAUUAGACUGGAGGUAUACACACUGGGCAUAAGCAGUCAAACAGGAGUACGUUCGGAGAGAUCUUCAUGGGACAAAAGCAGCUGACAACUCUCCUCAUGGACACAAAUGCGACUCUCUUCCAAGGCAACCGCAGCAACCUCACCUGUUCCCGAGACAAUGUCGUGAAGACAGUUGUUUUCCCCAUCCUCUACUCCAUCCUGUUCCUGGCGGGGCUGUCACUCAAUGGUCUGGCAAUGUGGGUGUUCUUGCGCAUCCCCUCGCGUUCCCACUUCGUCAUCUACCUCAAGAAUGUCGUGGUCGCCGACGUCGUCAUGACCCUUACGUUCCCUUUCAAGGUGUUAUCAGACUCCAACAUGGCCUCCACUGGACUGCGAAUAUUCGUAUGCCGGGUCUCCUCGGUGCUCUUCUACCUCACCAUGUACAUCAGCAUCCUCUUCUUCGGCCUCAUCAGCAUCGACCGCUGCAGGAAGACCCUGGCACCGUUCAAGGGUACCAACGCCAUCAGGCUCGCCCGCAGGAAGUUCCUCUCCACCGUCGUGUGGGUCGUCCUUCUGGUUCUCUGCCUUCCCAACGUGAUCCUGACCGGUAAGACGCCGCAGUCGCCGUACUUCAAGUGCAGCAAUCUGAAGGACAGCGCUGGACUGUAUUGGCACGAGGUGGUCAACCACGUGUGUCAAGUUAUUUUCUGGGGGAACCUCUUGAUUGUGAUCGUGUGCUACACUCUAAUCACCAAAGAGCUGUACAAGUCCUACUCGCGUACCAAGGCUCGUGGCCCUGAGGGGUGCAGGGCUUCGGGCAAGCAGAAGCAGCAUGCUAAAAGGAAGAUGAACACCAAUGUCUUCCUGGUCCUGGCAGUGUUUUUUGUUUGCUUCGUGCCGUUCCACUUCGCCCGUGUGCCGUACACAUUGAGCCAGACGCGGGGCCUCCUCUUCGACUGUCGACUCAAGCUCUUCUUCUUCCACCUCAAAGAGAGCACUCUCUUCCUGUCAUCCCUCAACUCCCUCCUGGACCCACUCAUCUACUUCUUCCUCUGCAAGUCCUUCAGGACCACCCUUUUCAAGACCCUCAGGCUUCCCCCUGGCACCUGCAGCUGGCUGCUGGAAAGGGGCUCCGACACCGAUUCUAGCAGCACCACCCUCAGAGACUCCUCUCUGUGUGCCAGCGGUGGACCGUCACGGCGGUAAAGCCUUCUCUGCAGAAGCACGGGCCUACAACCUAAAUUCUGAUAUUUGUUCCAUCAAAUUGUAUUAAUUUAUUCCCAGCAGUCUAUUCUCUUCAUUUUAUAGUACUUCUCUUGGCUGCACUGCUUCCAAUAUAUGUAUGUGGACGUUGGAGUUUUUUUUUUUUGGUCUAAUCAGAUUUCAACCUCUCUGUGCUGCCAUGCUAGUCUAAUCUGCCUAGCCAAAUCAAGUCAUUUUUUUAUGAAGCCCUUAAUCACAAAAUAAUCUCAAAGGGAUUCACAGGCCCACAGUUCACAACAAUCAACAUCCCUCAUCUAGACCUAAGGGUCUACUCAGACAAAACUCAUUAAGGUUAAAAAAAAAAGGAAAAAACCUCGAGAAGGGAUCACAGAUGGAAUGAUCACCCUUCCAGGAUGACCAGGCUGCAAUGGAUGCCGAGUGGGCAACGUCUAUCAUGCUAUUUGAUGCUGUUCAAUGUAAGGAAAAACUGCACAAGAGUCAAUUUAGCGCCAAUUGCUACAGUAACAGCCUCACUUUGAUCAUUGACACCUAUCCCCCUCUCCGAGGAGGACAAGGGGGUGGGGGAGCAGCAGUAAAACAGGCCAAACUCUAGAUGUCAGUGGAUGAGGUAUGCCAAGAGACUAGAGUAGUUGCGUAUUGGGUGCAGUUUAACCAAAUUUGAGAGUGUGGAAAUAAGUCUCAAGUCAAGGGCCUUCAGAAUCAGUAAUGCCGGUCAAUGUAACUUAAAGGUCCUAAAUUUUACCAAACCAAGUUUUAUGUGUACAGAUGAUGUACGUUCAGUUGAGUGGUGUUAUAUUAUGUUUUUGUGUAGUAUUGGUGGUUUGUGAAAUGUGAUAUUGGCAGUAUUAAGAGGUGAAUUAAGUCAGGUAAGUCCCUAUUGAAGGCCCAGGUGCCAAAUAUAUAGCCUGCAACUGGACAUCAACCUGGACAGUAUAGACAAGCAACCAUUCACACUUAUAUUCACACCAAUUGACAAUUUAGAGUCUUCACUGAACCAAACAAGCAUAUUUCUGGAAUGUGGGAGGAGGUUGGCGUACCUAAUGAAACCACAAAAGAGAACUGUGAAAUGUGCAAACAACUCAUCCACUGUCCUUGCCCUUAGUGAAAUGAUAUUUUAAAUAUGCACAUCGGUACUACACACACACAUACAAACACACUCAUACAUUGUAAGCAUUGACAUAAGCUUAAAACCAAUGACAUUGCAUUGAAUAAAUGGUCCUACUAUUGCACUAUGUUGACUGUUCAGCAUUAAAUGUGAUUUGUGUUUUUUGUACUUCACAGCCUGUUUCUUGUACUAAUUGUUGUUGUCUUUGUAUCUCUGCUAUUUUAAUUGAUGUUGUAGCUUUUGAUUGAUCUUGGUGUAAAA